AUGGGUUUGACAUCUCUCAUUGCUGUUGUGACAGUCGCUGUGUCCUUGGUGAACGGAGCACCUCUCUCACAAGAAAAAAGACAAGUACCAAGUGGUGUACCCGACUAUGUCUUGAAGUAUGCUCCAAUCGUUUAUCUUCACUCCGAGGAGAACUAUUACCCAACCGACCUUCAGUCAUUCCUCACCCAUACUACCCCUCGCGUAAACUUCAAUGAAGUCCCUGGUCCUUCCAAGCCCCUAACGACCUCAAAUUUGGAUCAAAUGGCCAACAAUGUCUGGCUUACUUCCAAUGAUGAUGUUACAACAGAUCCUACAUGGAUCAAAGGCACAAAACCUAACGCGAGUGGUAAAACUGAGGGCGCAACAACUGCAGCCGUCAUCGUCAACGACAAGGGAAAUGGAAAUGUAGAUGCCUUUUACAUGUACUUCUACGCCUACAAUUACGGUGGAGAGGUACUGGGAUGGAAGCAACUAAACUUUGGCAAUCACGUCGGCGACUGGGAACACACCAUGGUCCGCUUCUCCAACGGCCAACCCACCGCAAUCUGGUUCUCACAGCACGCCAACGGCCAAGCCUUCCGCUACUCAGCCGUCGAACGCGACGCCACCGGCAUCCGCCCCAUUGCCUACUCGUCCAAAGGCUCGCACGCAAACUACGCCAUGGGCGGCACCCACGACCACACGAUCCCGAACCUCAACCUCCCCGGCGGCGUCCUCGAAGACUACACCAACAGAGGCACCGUCUGGGACCCGCUGCUCAGCGCCUGGUACUACAAGUUUACGCCCAGCACCAACAAGUUUGAAGCGUAUGAUGGACAGGCGCCCACCGCCUGGCUCAACUUCAAGGGCAGGUGGGGCGACCAGGAGUAUCCGGAGAGCGAUAAGAGACAGUUUAAGCUUUUUGGUCAAGCCAAGUUUUCGGGGGGGCCGACGGGGCCGGCGGAUAAGCAGUUGAAUCGGGAGAAGGUUUGUCCUGAGAAUGGGAAGCUUUGUAUUUUGAGGAGUAUACUUGUGCCGAGGAAGGCGGGGAUGGAUGGGGCGUUGGCGGAGAGGGAUGAGGUUGUGGGGUGA